GCGUGCAAUAUUACAAAAAGAACAACGUGAUAUUAAAGAAGAGAGAGAGCAGAUGAAAAUCACAAAGACUCAACUAGACCUGAAGGAUGAUGAGUCCAAGAGUUGCUGGGCUGAGAUCCACAAAGAGAAAGCCAAACUUAAAGAUUUGUCCGUUUCAGUCCAAAGAAAACAGCAAAGACUUCAAGACAUCAUGAACACGCUUGCCCUAAAACAACAAGACACACAAAGGAGAGGUCAAAUGUUCCACACACAAACCCAGACACUACAAUCUAAAAGGAUCCAAGUACAGAAAGAAAAGGAAGAGAUUGAAGUUUUGAUGAGCACUGCAAACAAGAUGAAAGAGUGGCUUAAAGCUGCCAUGGCCAGUGUCCAUAAGGAAAAAGAACCAGCUGAUUAUUCGAGGGUGGAAAGGAGAGAAGAAAAACACAUGCUUUCAACCCAGGACAUAGAACUUGAAAGAGAAAGGUAUGAGCUGAAAACAAGAGAUGACAUUGCCUUGGAGAAACGUCGAGAAACAGAACGUCAUAAAGUUCAAAUUCAACACCUGAAAGAAAAACUAAAUGAAUACAUGACAAUCAAAAGGGACCAGCUAAAACUAAGCACUGAAGGUGUUGAGAGACUCCAUGUUGUCUUGGGACAAAUGCUUCGUAGCCUUAAUGAACAGAAAGAAAAUGUGGCUGGUUAUAAAGAAGUAUUUGAGAGAGAAAAGGAAACUCUUAAUGCGCUCCUUUAUGAUACACAAAAACAAAGAGUACAACUGGACAAUCAAUGGAACCAACUGAUCAACAUGGAACAAUGGAACGCAAUUACUCUUCAAGCAGAACAGCAGAAGGAAAAACUUGUUCUGGACAUGCGAAAACAAAAGAUGGUCAGAGAUGAAGUGGACUUAGAGCUGAUUGGGCACGACAUCCAGAAACAAAGGCAAAUAUUACAACAAGACAAACAACAGAUUCAAGAACAAAGGGAAGAGUUGGAACGCACAAUAGUGGAACUAUUCAAGAAGGUGGAAGACGCAAACAAUCUGUUUGAUGUAAUCAACAAAGACAAAUCCAAAAUGAAAGAGCUUAACCUUUGUCUGAAAACCCGAGGAGAUAAACUUAAGGUUCUCAUGAACAUGAUUGCUUUAAAACCACAAAGACUACAAAGUGAAAGUCCAGAAUUCCACACACAAACACAAAAUCUAGAGCUCUGCAGGAAGAGAAUACAGGAGACGCAAGAAGAGCUGGAGGAUUUGAUGAAGAACGCUAUCACCAUGAAGGAACAGGUUCAAGUUUCCAUCAGCGGCAUCCAGAAGGACAAAGACCAAAUGAUUUCAAUGAAGAAGGACAUUGAAAAAGACAGAGAAAAACUGUCAUAUGAGAAGGAGCGCCUGAAAAGAGAACGGUCAAAGUUCAAAAUGAGACAAGAUAAACUCUUGAAUAAAUUGAAGUCAACAGCUAACCUUAGACUAACACUUCAAGGAGUUAAAGAUGCAGUCUGGGAGCACACCAAAGAGAAAAUUGGAAGACUAAAUAAGACUCAUGAAGACGCACAGUUGUUGUGUAUUUCCCUGGAGAACAAGCUUUCAACUGUUGGUGAGAAGAUGAACAGAAUAACUCCUGACAAAGAGUUAUUUGAAAGAGAAAAGAUCAAUCUAAGAUCCAUCAUUUCUUCCAUGAGUAAUCAGAGAGAAAUGAUGGAAUAUCAGUGGAAGAAAAUGGUUGACUUGGACAAAGAAGAUCUAAACAAAGUGAAGGCAGAGCUGAAAUUGGACAGACAGAAUCUGGAAGGAGUGGCUGGCAAAAUAGACAAAGAUAAAGUGGGCUUAGAAUUGAUGAUGUCUGAUAUCCAGAAAGAGCGUGCAAUAUUACAAAAAGAACAACGUGAUAUUAAAGAAGAGAGAGAGCAGAUGAAAAUCACAAAGACUCAACUAGACCUGAAGGAUGAUGAGUCCAAGAGUUGCUGGGCUGAGAUCCACAAAGAGAAAGCCAAACUUAAAGAUUUGUCUGUUUCAGUCCAAAGAAAACAGCAAAGACUUCAAGACAUCAUGAACACGCUUGCCCUAAAACAACAAGACACACAAAGGAGAGGUCAAAUGUUCCACACACAAACCCAGACACUACAAUCUAAAAGGAUCCAAGUACAGAAAGAAAAGGAAGAGAUUGAAGUUUUGAUGAGCACUGCAAACAAGAUGAAAGAGUGGCUUAAAGCUGCCAUGGCCAGUGUCCAUAAGGAAAAAGAACCAGCUGAUUAUUCGAGGGUGGAAAGGAGAGAAGAAAAACACAUGCUUUCAACCCAGGACAUAGAACUUGAAAGAGAAAGGUAUGAGCUGAAAACAAGAGAAGAUGACAUUGCCUUGGAGAAACGUCGAGAAACAGAACGUCAUAAAGUUCAAAUUCAACACCUGAAAGAAAAACUAAAUGAAUACAUGACAAUCAAAAGGGACCAGCUAAAACUAAGCACUGAAGGUGUUGAGAGACUCCAUGUUGUCUUGGGACAAAUGGUUCGUAGCCUUAAUGAACAGAAAGAAAAUAUGGCUGGUUAUAAAGAAGUAUUUGAGAGAGAAAAGGAAACUCUUAAUGCGCUCCUUUAUGAUACACAAAAACAAAGAGUACAACUGGACAAUCAAUGGAACCAACUGAUCAACAUGGAACAAUGGAACGCAAUUACUCUUCAAGCAGAACAGCAGAAGGAAAAACUUGUUCUGGACAUGCGAAAACAAAAGAUGGUCAGAGAUGAAGUGGACUUAGAGCUGAUUGGGCACGACAUCCAGAAACAAAGGCAAAUAUUACAACAAGACAAACAACAGAUUCAAGAACAAAGGGAAGAGUUGGAACGCACAAUAGUGGAACUAUUCAAGAAGGUGGAAGAAGCAAACAAUCUGUUUGAUGUAAUCAACAAAGACAAAUCCAAAAUGAAAGAGCUUAACCUUUGUCUGAAAACCCGAGGAGAUAAACUUAAGGUUCUCAUGAACAUGAUUGCUUUAAAACCACAAAGACUACAAAGUGAAAGUCCAGAAUUCCACACACAAACACAAAAUCUAGAGCUCUGCAGGAAGAGAAUACAGGAGACGCAAGAAGAGCUGGAGGAUUUGAUGAAGAACGCUAUCACCAUGAAGGAACAGGUUCAAGUUUCCAUCAGCGCCAUCCAGAAGGACAAAGACCAAAUGAUUUCAAUGAAGAAGGACAUUGAAAAAGACAGAGAAAAACUGUUAUAUGAGAAGGAGCGCCUGAAAAGAGAACGGUCAAAGUUCAAAAUGAGACAAGAUAAACUCUUGAAUAAAUUGAAGUCAACAGCUAACCUUAGACUAACACUUCAAGGAGUUAAAGAUGCAGUCUGGGAGCACACCAAAGAGAAAAUUGGAAGACUAAAUAAGACUCAUGAAGACGCACAGUUGUUGUGUAUUUCCCUGGAGAACAAGCUUUCAACUGUUGGUGAGAAGAUGAACAGAAUAACUCCUUACAAAGAAUUAUUUGAAAGAGAAAAGAUCAAUCUAAGAUCCAUCAUUUCUUCCAUGAGUAAUCAGAGAGAAAUGAUGGAAUAUCAGUGGAAGAAAAUGGUUGACUUGGACAAAGAAGAUCUAAACAGAGUGAAGGCAGAGCUGAAAUUGGACAGACAGAAUCUGGAAGGAGUGGCUGGCAAAACAGACAAAGAUAAAGUGGGCUUAGAAUUGAUGAUGUCUGAUAUCCAGAAAGAGCGUGCAAUAUUACAAAAAGAACAACGUGAUAUUAAAGAAGAGAGAGAGCAGAUGAAAAUCACAAAGACUCAACUAGACCUGAAGGAUGAUGAGUCCAAGAGUUGCUGGGCUGAGAUCCACAAAGAGAAAGCCAAACUUAAAGAUUUGUCCGUUUCAGUCCAAAGAAAACAGCAAAGACUUCAAGACAUCAUGAACACGCUUGCCCUAAAACAACAAGACACACAAAGGAGAGGUCAAAUGUUCCACACACAAACCCAGACACUACAAUCUAAAAGGAUCCAAGUACAGAAAGAAAAGGAAGAGAUUGAAGUUUUGAUGAGCACUGCAAACAAGAUGAAAGAGUGGCUUAAAGCUGCCAUGGCCAGUGUCCAUAAGGAAAAAGAACCAGCUGAUUAUUCGAGGAUGGAAAGGAGAGAAGAAAAACACAUGCUUUCAACCCAGGACAUAGAACUUGAAAGAGAAAGGUAUGAGCUGAAAACAAGAGAUGACAUUGCCUUGGAGAAACGUCGAGAAACAGAACGUCAUAAAGUUCAAAUUCAACACCUGAAAGAAAAACUAAAUGAAUACAUGACAAUCAAAAGGGACCAAAUUAUGGAAUAUCAGUGGAAGAAAAUUGUUUACUUAGAUAAAGGAGAGAGUGAUACAAUUAACAUUCCAACGAUUCAUUCACACCAAAAGGUUGAGGAUCCUCCUAUUCAUGUUACACAGGUAACAAAAAUGCUGUCAUCUUUGAAACAACGAAUGACAUAUCUUAAUCAAAUAACAAUUGAACAAUUUAAAAAAAAUAUUGAAACGUUAGAUAGAAAAAGUCAAGUGCUCUUCGAUUUCCUUUAUUUGUUCCAAAGUAGCUGUAAAUUUCAUUUGAAUAGAUGUAACGUCAGCAGUUACUUAAAUAGGGCACAAAGACAAAAACUACACUUUACCCCAAGAUUGUGCCAAACUGCAGGUGUGUGUGAUCAGAAAGUGGAGAAUAUGAAAGAGAAUUUGAGUCCUUUUAAAAUAUCUAAAUCUGAAAGGGAGUUUCAGAAGCCUUUUGAUAAGUCAAAUGUUUUUGAAAUUGGACAACAGCUGAUCUCUAAGGACGAGGACGAUGAUUUGAAAAAUGUAGGUAACAAAAUUAAAUCCAAUCGGGAAUGGCCAACACCAGAAUUCAAAGAAAUUAUAGAUGUACAAAGAAAGAAGCCUGCACCAACUUCAAGGUUUUUAACAAAGACAGAAAAAAUUACAAAAUGGGAAAAAGGCAAUUCCCUACAAAGGCUUUGGAAGGACACCAUAAUGGAACAUAAGGAGAUUAAUCUGAUAAAGCACAGAGGUCAGGAAAUUAGAACAAGAUUGGAAAAAAGGCUAAAAGAAAUCAUUCAUUUUGUUAACAUAACACUAUCUCAGAAAGAAAAAACACUUGCGAAUUCAUCACUGGGAAGUGGUAUGGACACAUCAACUCAGAGUGACUUGGAGAGUGAUAGCGAAAUUGGCAAUAGAAAAUAUCUUGACCUUCAACAACUUAAAUUUCACAUCCUGCAUGAGAUUGAAAGACGUCACUUCAAGACACUUAUCUCAUGUGAAAAAUGUAAUCAAACUUCUCAGAAUGAUGUAAUUUCCUGCAAAGGUGAAAGAAAUGCUAACUUCCUCUGAAAUGAAGGAAAAGCGAGAUGAAGCAGGAGGAGAAAAAAAUGAAGCAAAUCCUACGACAUCAAGCAGACUCUUCUGUCUGCUCCAACAUUACUGCUCUCCCUGCUGCUGUUAUUGUUGUACCUGUCGAAAGCAAACGUGCACGAAGACAAACAGAAACAUAGAUACAUAAGAUGUGUGUGCUUAAGUGUAUUUUUCACAGUUUCUGCUUGAUAAUUUACUCUUAGUAGAUAAAAGGGCUUAUAUAACAUAAGUAAUUUACAAUACGUAAACUAUGACAUUGAUGAUUUAGAACAGCCUCAUUUUUGUGUACAGUGGAAACACAACUGCUUAUUCGUGCAUAAUACUUCAAAUCAAGAAAUGUAAUGUAUUGUCAUUAUAAAUAUGAUUUCUUAUAAUUUGUGGUGAAAUAAUUUGAAAGUAUACCUAAACUAUGUUGGAGUGAAUGCUGUUUUAGUUUAUCUUUAAUCUAAUUUCUAACCCUGAAUCUGGGGUUAUUAUCCUCAUUGUCAGAUUUAGAGUUGGCUGGAGAAUGUUUACAAAGAACAAGUUUAACUUGUAACUUACAUCACUUUCUCCUGAAAGCUUGUUAUAAGUUAGAAAUAAAGUUUAAUUUUAACUACA